AUGUUAGUUUCGCGAUUACGUUGUGUGCAAAUUUAUCCCGUGUUAGGGUUGCUAGGUUAUGCUCACGCAUUCACCACUCCGAUCUGUAAUUCCUCGAUUUACUGCACCGGAGAAUUACUUCACACGGUACAACUCGCGCGAAUUUUUCCCGAUUCGAAAACUUUCGUUGACCUUAAGCUACAGCGAACUGAAAAUGAAACGUUGAACGAUUUUGCGAAACUCAUGAAAGAAACAAAUAAUAAACCUUCACGUGAACGCCUUAUGAAUUUCGUUGAUCAAAAUUUCGCUGAAGGCAAUGAACUCGAGCAUUGGAUGCCGCCUGACUUCGAUCCCAAUCCACCGAUCUUGGAACAAAUAUCUAAUCCUAAGUUAAAAGCAUUCGCUAAGAGUGUUAUUUCGUUAUGGGCCAAACUGGGACGUAAAGUACAAUCGGAUGUGAUGUUAAACCCAGAUCAGUAUAGCUUCUUGUACGUACCGAACGGAUUCAUCGUACCAGGAGGUCGAUUCAAGGAAUUGUAUUAUUGGGACUCAUUUUGGACGAUACGUGGUCUUAUGAUCAGCAACAUGACUAAAACAGCUAGAGGUAUGAUAGAGAAUUUGUUGCAUUUAGUGGGGAAAUAUGGUUAUGUACCGAAUGGGAGUCGUGUGUAUUACUUAGGGAGAAGUCAACCACCGUUACUAGCAGCCAUGGUGGCCAGCUACUACGAAGCAACAGGGGAUCUAGCGUGGAUAGAACAACAUAUUAGUACAGUGGAAAAAGAACUACACUAUUGGUUGGACAAUAAGAAAGUGACCGUCGAAAUCAAUGGUAAUAAGUAUAUGCUACUAAGAUAUCUAGCGGAUAAGAAAGACAGAGGUCCUCGUCCGGAAUCAUAUUACGAAGACUACACGAACUCCCGAAUAUUCCCUAAUGAAGACAGACGAGAUGAUUUUUAUAUGGAAAUCAAGAGCGCUGCCGAAAGCGGCUGGGACUUCUCAUCACGCUGGUUCAUAUCGGCCAGUGGAGUAAUCGGAAACUUGACGGACGUCCACGCGUCAAGGAUCCUGCCAGUCGAUUUGAAUGCCAUAUUCGCUGGUGCUUUGCAAACCGUCGGCGAUCUCCGUAAUACUUUGAAACACAGGCGAGAGGCACAGAAAUGGUGGAGCCUAGCCAAGUAUUGGAGAAGCGCAAUCGAGAACAUCAUGUAUCAUGAGGCAGAUGGAGUGUGGUACGACUAUGAUAUUCAAUCUGGCUCUCCUAGGAAACAUUUCUAUCCAAGCUGCGCUACUCCGCUAUGGACUAAGGUUAUCAAUGAGACGAAAGUUGAUAAAUAUGCUCUGCGGUUCAUUAAUUAUCUCAAAUCAACCGGCGCUCUUAACUUCCCCGGCGGCGUCCCAUCUUCCAUACUACAUUCGGGCGAACAAUGGGACUUUCCGAAUGCUUGGCCUCCAAUGCAGAGUAUCUUAAUCGGUGGUUUAAACACCAGUGGAAAUAUAGAAGCAUCAAAGUUGGCGAAGGAGCUAGCGGGUGUAUGGAUACGAUCAAAUUACAUAGGCUAUAAUAAUUGGCAGAAAAUGUUCGAGAAGUAUAGCGCAGUGAAUCCAGGCCACGAGGGUGGUGGUGGGGAGUACGUGGUUCAAGACGGCUUCGGCUGGACCAAUGGGGUGGUCUUAGAACUGUUACAGAAGUAUGGAAAAGAUCUGACGCUUUACGAACGUCCGGGAAUAAUUCCAACGGUUACUCUUGUAUAA